CGAGUGCCUGAAUUAGUUAUCAAUUAAUCCUUUAUUAUUUAAAUACGAAUUAAGUUAUCGAACUGUCAUUCCAUUGGAAUUUAUUGAAGACCGAGAAGCCUCCAUUGGCUACAAAUCUCAAUAAGCCGCCGCCCCACGCCGUGGACUUACACCGAAUUACUUAAGAUUCAACAAAGCUAGAAAAAUAAAAAUCAAGUCUUUAUCUUGUUUGUUUGAUUUAUGUACUUAGUAUUUAAUUAAUCUAUGUGUUAUCUCAACUUUAUUCAGUUUUAUGCAACUAAACGUUAAGGGAAAAUGGUAGUAGUAGUAAUUUGAUUCAUGUAGUAUAAAAAGGCGUAGGAAGGGGAGGAAAAAAGGGAGUCUUAAGUGGUGGGGCGGUGGUGCUGAGAUAGUCUGCAAAGUAAAAACAUUCUCAGAAGAAGUGGCUUUUUUGUGAAUACACAGUGUUGCUAUGGUGGCUGUCAAACAUUAGCGACAACACAUCUUUUUUUUCCAUGGUUUGGUUUUCUGCUUUCUUUUGUUGCCUUCUUCGUUUCCUAAAGUUGUAGUGCUUGUGUAAAGUAGUGUUUUUUCCACUUGCUUCUUCCUUUUCUGGUGUGAUAGGUUGGUUUGAUUUUUCUUGAGUGUUUGAGCUUUCUUUGAUCUUAGUGGAUUGAUUGAUGCAAGUAUGAGGGUGUGAGAGUUGGUGCUUUUUUUGGUUUCACAUGGUUACUGAUUGUGGGUCUGGUUAAAGAUUCAAUUUUUGUGUGCUUUCGAAUUCAUGAUUUACUACCAUUUUUCUUGGAUUGAGUUCUUGAUUUUUGGGAUUUAGUUGAUUUCUUUGCAUUUGAUAGUGUGGUAUAUUGGAUUUGAUGCUUAAUUUGGGGGAAUUUAUCAGUUGCUUUUACUGUAUGUUGGUGUUGGUGUUGGCUUGUUUUUAACCAUUGAUAUGCUUACGCUAUCUUCCAAAAACUAGCUGGAUUCCAUUUGUCUGCUGAGUUUGGCAGUGCUUAUUUUCUCAUAACAAGAUCAUGUUUGGUUUUGAUAGGUCUCUCCGGACUUCAUUGAUCCAAAAAGUGUUGUCGAGUAACGUGGAUUCUUGAUCUUGAUUUGUGAAAGUGGACCUGUGGUUUUGUUCCUUGAUUAGUAAUGGCGAUUGAUAGGUAAUGAGGAAGGUUGAUGGUAUCAAGUGUUUUGAGCACGUGGGAUGUUUGCAGUAUUUGACAAGAGUAUAUUGAGCAUCUUCUUUACUUAUUGGUCAUUUUUGUUCGCUCUAUCCUGUCGUAAACUUUUUAUACUCUCGGAAUUUGCCACUGCAACCAAGCAAACUAUUGAUUCUCUUAUUCGGGCCUCCUUCUCAUCAAAAUAUCAAGCUCUCUUGCAUCAUCACAUUGUUUCGUCAUGUGGCGUUAGCCCCCUUUUACUUGAUCCCUCCUCAUAAGUCCUCAAAAAGUGUUGCAGCUGCUGGUUCCUGGAAUUGCCCUUUCAACUACUGCAAUUUGUUUCGUUUUGCGUUAUUGAAUUGGGGAUUCCUGGUUUAACUAUAGAAGGCAAAGGAUCAAUAUUUUGAAGGUUAGAGUACACUUUACCUGCAAAAUGAAGUUUAUGAAACUUGGAUCAAAGCCUGACCAGUUUCAGACCGACGGAGACACUAUAAGGUAUGUAGCGACAGAGUUGGCUACUGACUUGGUUGUUAGUGUUGGAGAUGUCAAGUUUUAUGUUCAUAAGUUUCCUCUCCUCUCCAAGAGUUCUCAGCUCCAGAAGCUCGUCACCAGUGUGGGUACUGACAACAACGACGAAAUUGACAUCCAUGAUAUUGCGGGUGGACCUGCAGCAUUUGAAGUAUGUGCUAAGUUCUGUUAUGGAAUGGUAGUGACACUCAAUGCGUACAACGUCGUAGCAGCCCGUUGUGCAGCUGAGUACCUGGAAAUGUAUGAGACUGUUGAGAAAGGAAAUCUUAUAUACAAGAUUGACGUUUUCCUCACUUCUAGCAUUUUCCGGAGUUGGAAAGACUCCAUAAUUGUACUUCGAACGACAAAUUCUUUUCUUCCUUGGUCGGAAGAAUUAAAGAUUGUCAACCACUGCCUAGACUCUAUUGCCACCAAAGUUUGCACUGAUCCUUCGAAAGUAGACUGGUCAUACACUUAUAACCAUAACAAGCUUGUAUCUGAGAACGAGCAUGAAGAAAAAUGGAACGGCGUGAAGAAACUACAAACAGUGCCAAACGACUGGUGGGUGCAGGACCUGUGUGACCUUCAAAUUGAUUUAUACAAAAGGGUUAUUACAGCAAUAAUUGCCAAAGGAAACAUGUCUGCAGAUGUUGUAGGUGAAUCAUUAAAGUCGUAUGCUUUGAGAAGGCUUCCUAUUUUUAGCAAUAGCACCUUACAAGGAAGUGAUCGUCUGAAGUACCGUUACUUGGUCGAUACAAUCACAUCUUUGCUGCCAAAUGAGAAAAGUUCGGUACCUUACGAUUUUCUGCUGAGAUUGUUACAUACAUCGAUAAUGUUAGAUUGCGAUGAAGUGGGGAGAAGGAUGCUUAUGCUAAAAAUUUCUCAACAGCUUGAUGAGGUAACUGUUGCGGAUCUAAUUAUUCGCUCCUCAACUGGUGAAACAGCCCGUUGUAACAUAGACGUCGUACAUGGAUUAGUUGAGCAAUACGUGAUGCAAGAAGAUACCAUCCAGACUGGUAGUCUCGAUCCUGAUGAUAAUGAGUUCAGGGAGAUAUGUCCUGGAUUUAUUUCCGAUGCUUCCAAGGCUAAGGUGGCUAAAUUGGUUGAUGGUUAUUUGGCUGAAGCAGCUAGAGAUGUCUCGUUGCCUCUGUCCAAAUUUGUCGAUCUGGCUGAAAUGGUCUCGGCCUUUCCAAGAUCGAGUCAUGAUGGGAUUUACCGUGCUAUUGACAUGUACCUCAAGGAACACCCAGCGUUGACGAAGAGUGAGAAAAAGAGAAUUUGUCGGUUGAUGGACUGCAGGAAGCUUUCGGCUGAUGCAUGUGCGCACGCUGUACAGAAUGAGAGGCUUCCAUUGCGGGUGGUUGUGCAAGUUCUUUUCCUCGAGCAAACCAGAGCGACAGCAGCUGUUGGGAACAACACUCCCGAUCUUCCUGGCUCUGUAAAGGCUAUGCUUCCACGGGGAUCUUGUGGGAGCUCGAGAUCUGCAACUACCAACUCGGAUGAAGAUUGGGACGGGGACCAGACAUCAGAGGAGCUUAAGGAUUUGAAAGCAGAGCUCGCUUGUCUCAGGCUAGAAAAUAAAGGGGAUAGUGGCGUCAUAGUAAAUGAUGCUAAAUCGAAUGCUGAUAAAGUCACUUCCAAGAAAGUAAAGAAGAUCUUCACGAGGCUUUGGUCAAGCAAAGACAGACAAGGGGAGAAUAGUAGCUCAGAUACAUCUGAAAGCCGUGCUUCUACCAGCGUGGAAGAAACAGAGGCAAUGAAAGUGGCUGUACGGAUGAUGUUGCAAAAUCAAACGACGAAGAAAUCACAGGUAACAAAGUGAGAAUGAUCUCUUCUCAAGAUCCUCUGCUUAAACAAGGAUCUAUCAGGUAAGGAGAAUAGCAGCUAGAAUUCGUAUAGGAGUCUAGAACAAGGCGUAACCCAUCCAAGUAAUCAGGCUACUCGUCUCUAAACUAAGAGGGAAGGGUUUAGUAACCAUCAUUUGUAAGUUUGCUCCUUGGUUUUCCUUAAGAUAUUAGUGUCAUUCAGAUGCAACAGAAUGGAGAGAGUGACUGGCUAAUCAUUUUUCGACACUUGAGGAGCUUAUCGGCACAAGAAAAUGCUCGUCGGCUUUUAUCCUUUGGCAUAGUGUAAGGUAGGUUUGGUGUGUAUCUGUAACUGUAAUUGGCCUAAGGAUUUUUUUAUAGCCAGCCAGUGUGCAUCUGUAGUUGUUUUAGAUGUAUUCUCAGCAAUAUGAAAUUUUGUGUUAGGUAAAAAGAUUGCUAAGGCAUUAGCGCGUUUUGGUA